GGCUACGGCGUGGAGAUUGGCGCGUCACUUGUGAUGCUGGCGGUGAUUCUGACGAUGACGCCCAAAACCAAGUUCUGGCGGUUCCCAACCUACCUCAACAUCGCUGGGCUUUGCAACAAUGUAAUCCGGGUCAUUCUCCUUGCCGUUUAUUUCGACUCCUCCUGGGUAACGUUCUACGCCAUGUACAGCAACGACUUUAGAUUCGUCACCCGCGCCGACUACGCCAACUCCAUCGCAUCGUCUGUGAUGACAAUCCCCCAAAACAUCAUGAUGAUGGGGGCGCUCAUCUUCCAGGCCUGGUCCAUGAUCAAGCUCUGGCCCCAUUCCUACAAAUGGAGCAUUCUGGUAUUUUCCGUGGUCAUGGUGCUCCUGGAAAUAGGAUUUAUGGGAGCUUCCACGGCAUACCAGAUCAUCCAGUUGGAAGUCUCCCCCACCGAGGGACUCAAGCUGAUCAUAAAGUACGCCUGGGUACGAUACUGCUUCCUCGGCUUCGAAGUUGCCUGCAUCUGUUGGUUCUGUUUCUUGUUUAUAUGCAAGCUGGCCACGCAUCUGUGGAAGAACCGCAGCUUCCUGCCUACGACAAAGGGGCUCGGGGCGAUGGACGCGUUAGUUAUGACCAACGGCGUCCUGAUGCUGAUUCCUGUCUUCUUUGCUGGAUUGCAGUACUCUGGGAAAGUCCAGUUCGAGCCCGGUUCCCUCCUCUACACAUCUGUCCUCGUCGUCAUGCCCCUCGGAACGCUGGUCGCGCAGCGCAUCGCCGACCCAGCUGCCUUCAACAGCGAGGUAUCUGGAAGUACACAAGAGGCCGAU